CAACAAAAGAUGAUUAAAUGAGUCUAUCCUCUUACUUAUGUGGAGGCAUAGUAGUGUCUCCCUCGAUCCAUACCGUCAUGUACAAUAAUUGAUUCAAUCCUGUUUGAAAAGAGGAUAACUUGAAAACUAUAAGAACCCACUUUAUACUCAGCAUUACCCUUUUUAUAUACCACAACAACCUCUUAUUUGUUUCAUCUCUAUUCAUAAUGCAAACCGUUAAAGACACAGCUAACUACGUCAAGGACUCCGUUAACGAGGCCACAUCCGGUGCCUCAAAGGAAGCCAACAAGUCCGUCGCUAAGGACUCAAACGCUUCCGUUGGUACCCGUGCCGAAGCAGCAAAAGAUGCAAUCGGUGAUAAGAUGGAUGAAACCAAGAACAACGCUUCUGCUGAAGUGAACAAGGAAAAGGCAAAGAACUAAUUGUGUUUUCCUCUCAAGCAAGAUCAUCAUCAACAUCUGCGCUCUGCAGUUUACACUUUUUGUAUAUUCACGUAACAUCUUUACUC